AUGGAGAUUGACGAAAAUUUCCUAUCAGACCUUCGUGUUUCCACGGCCCAAGCGCUGAAUGACUUGCAGACUGAGUUGUACCCAGGAGUGAGUUUUUCUUGAUUUUUGAAAAAGCCAUAGCCAAACUGAAGUUGAAAAUCGAUUUUGUGAAACUAUACUUCUCUUUUUGAAUAUUUUUUUAAGGCUUUUUUUCGAAUUUAUUUUAUUUUUCAACUUUAAACUUGCAUAAAACUCAUCACAGUUUUUCAAAAACCCUUCAAAUCAAGCAUUUUUUUGGCCAUUAUUCGAAAAAAAAUUCUUCAAUUUUUUUAAAAACAGUAUUGAAAACUAAUUUUUGGGUGAUGAUUCCUUAAAUUGUUUGAAAAUUCUUACGAUGUCAACCUUCACGGAAAACAAUCGAAAAAAUCGUUGGAUUUGUUCAAAAUUUCCUGUUUCAGGGCAACAUUAGUGAAUUCAUGGGCAACAUCCGACUUCACUGCCAUCGAGAAGACGUUGCAGAGAUCGCACGUCAGACCCUCGUUCUUUGGCUCCACGCCAAUUCCUCCACCGUCGGUCAAAGUUUCGCGAGGUUCAUUCCAUUUCAUUAUCUUGAAUGUUAUUAAUUUUUACUGUUUCAGUGAUGACUCCCUUCCGAUUCUUGCCAAAGCGUUCCUCUCGGUUAUUUUUGUGAUUGUCGGCUGUAUCGGGCUUGUGGGGAAUGUGCUGACCGUUUUGGUUAUUUAUAAUGUGAGUUUGGGUUUUUUUUACCUCCUUGUGUUCUGGUUCAGAAAAUUAAUUCUGGUAAAAUAAUUCUUUUUCAAACAACUUUAAUUGAGGAUUCUUGCUCCUUUUCAGUCUUUUCCUAUUUCUAGAGGCUUGAUUUUAAACUUUUCAUUGUUCAAAGCGCAUGUAGUUUCACGGUCGGUUGCACUGAAAAAAAAUUUAUAAACAGCUUCUUAGCGCAUUUGAGCCUUUUUUCAUAAUUCUUUCAUAAUUUUUGAAUUUUCAGACCGCUUCUCUUCACUCCCACACAAACUACUUUCUGGCUUCUUUAGCCUGCAGUGAUCUUUGUUUGAUCGUCAUCGGAGUUCCGUUUGAUUUGUUCCACAUUUGGAGAAAUGGAGAGCCACUGCUCAUUGCUGGAUAUUGUUCCUUCACAAGUAAGUAGAAUUAUUUUUUUCGAAAUAUAUUUUUUUCAGGUACCACGAUAUCUCUUUUUACUUUCGCAUCAAUAUUAACGAUAGUUUCGUUGACUUUGGAACGAUUCCAAGCGAUUUGUCAUCCCUUCAGUCAUCGAACUUUGUUUGAUAAAAAGCGGUAAGUUCUGGUUUUUGAAUGAAACUUCUUGAUUUGCAGAGGCUCCUGAUAGAAAAAAUGUCAAUAAAAUCCGCAAAAUUCAAUAUUUUUUAGAGUUCUCAUGUUGAUCUACGGUAUUUGGAUCGUCGCAGCCAUACCAUCGAUUUACAUCGGCUUGAGGGUAUUUUUGAUUGAAUUUUUGCUCAAAAAAUAAAUUUUCAGUUUAAAAGAGUUGUUCCGGACUUUUUGUGGCUAUAAUAGAGAUGUCGGCCUACCUGUUGGUAGCUGCGAUUUGGAGACUGGACCGAAUUCUCCUUUCCGAUAUCCUUUUGAGGUUAAACUUUUAGAUUUGACUGUCUCUUUUUUGCUUGCGAAAUUCUCAUGAAAUUCGGAAAGCAUUAAAAAAUUCUCGUUUUGAGAAAACAAUUGAUUUUCCGUGAUUUAUCAGUUUUUCGAAGUCAAGCUAAGCACCUACUUUUAUAAAUUUCAGUUUUCUUCUUUUUCAAAGUAGUUCUUCGAAGAAAAACUUUUUUAAACAUCAAUCAAUCGGGAGUUUUUUUCCUGCUCAAACUUGUUCAUACCUCUCCAUUUCAGCUCACAAUGAUCGUGACCUUCGUUCUUCCCUUAAUAUUCAUCAUAUUUUGCUACAUCCGGAUUCUUGGUGAGAUUCCCAAUAGUUUUUCUUAUUCCAUUUCUUUCACAUUUCAGCAACUCUAAACGAAGUUUCCGCAGCCACAACCGUCCACACUCCUGUAGGGACUACUAACAGCGACAGUAGUCAACUCGUUUGUUGCGAGGGCAAUGUUUGAGUUGAAAUUAUUUAAAAUCCACUCAGAAAACUUUCCAGUUGCCUGUCAGAGGCUCAACUCAUUCCAACGUUCAACAUUUCCCACUUACAGUACAUAGUCGCAAUUAUUCGACUCCAAGAAGUCAACAAGCUCAGAAAAUGGUUAUCAAAAUGCUCGGUUUGUUGAUUUAUCUAUGAUUACACUUUGCAAAGGUUUUACUGGAUUAUUGGAAACAGCAUGGUAAAAUUAAAUAAAUUGAAUAAAUAUAAAAAAUUCGUUCAACUCCGUUUUUUUCAAAUCUGAGUAAUUUUUUUCAACGUUACAUGCAGAUCCUGAAAGUCAUAAACACGAAGAUGAGACUUGAACAGUCUGGAACUUUUAAAACUUACUAAAGUUUGAAAGUGUCUCUUUCUUCAAAAAAAAACCCGUUGUACGGUUGAAAAAAAUGUCUUGACACUUUGAAAUAUUUCCGACGCCCUUUUGGUUACCAAAAAAAACUUCUGAAUGAAAAAUACAUAGUUCAUCCAGCAGGGGCUUGAAUAAAAAAAGUUGAAAAAAUCAGGCAAAACUGAAAGAUUUGAGCGUAUUCAUAGUGUUUAUUAUCCAGCUUGCUUUUGAUUAAAUUAUAACUGUUUUUUUGAAACAGAAAAUUGAGAAAAAUUAAAAAAACUUCCAAUGUAUCAUUUUCAGUCACGGUCACCUCCGUAUUUUUCCUCUGCUACCUACCUUACCAUCUACAAAGAUUAAUAGUGCAGUACACCAAGCAGAACUGCAAAAGCUCAAUAUUUUGCUUACUUCUGUAUCCUAUAACAGGUGAGUAGGAGUAUUCCAUAAUUUAAAACAACUCUUAUGUUUCAGGGCUUCUUCAAUACAUUUCGGCGACAUUGAACCCAAUAUUUUAUAAUUUGAUGUCAGUGCGUUUUAGAGGCGCUUUCAACAAACUUAUCAAAGAUUUCAUUUCUAAAAGCGAUAAGGAAUAUAGUACACUUGCGAGGUUGUGAAGUGGCACUUUCACAAAAAAAACUUACUCAAAACUUUUUUUUUGUAGCAUUUGAAAGCUUACUUUUCAGACAUUUUUCGCCAAAAUGUUGCUUGUUUUCCUAUUCCUCCAUUGUAAAAAGCUCAAUAGUCUGUUCCAAAGCGUUUGUUGAAUAUUUCAAAAAAACGAUUAAUCAAGAAAAAUUAUCGUUUCAAGACCAACAAAAUUCUUUUUUUAAUUGAAAAAGAUUUUUAAAGACUUCCGAACUUGAAAUACUGGCUUUUUUGUCUUGAAAGGCACAUAAAGCAUUUUCGAACAGACUGUGACAGGAAUAACCUAAAAAAAGUUGUACAUUUCCCUUCUGAAAACCAUAUCACACGCAAUAAAAAGUGCAUUUCCCCAUCUUCCGCUCAUUUCCAUUCCAAAUGUGUAUUCGAACAAGUAUUCUUAUUCUUUUUUUAAUACAUUUGUUUUGCUUUUAAAUCAUCUCCUGCAAUAACUCAAAGUACGGGUAUCUUUAUUGUCCAAAAAUGCCAUAAGGUUUCGUGAUUUUUCUUUGAUUGUAUGAUAUCAGCUUUUUAAAAUUGAAAUAAAUAUUUGAUUCUUUUUGAAAUGAACAAUAGAAUUGUUAGAAAAACGUUUAUAAAAAAAUCAGAUUUCCACAAAAUAUACCAAAAAAAAAAAUCGAAAAAAAUUUAGACAGGCGACAGUAUACGAAAAAAAUUCAGAAGUCUUAAAAAUAUUUCAAGUAUGUCAAUGAAGAUAAAAGAGAUAAAAAGUUUCAAGCUUCGACUUUCCAACAAAAAAUAAAAAAACAGAAUUUCAAUAUGAAAUCGACAUCUCUAAAAAAGACAAAAAUGAGAAGUCGCGCUCCACGGAUAACUGGUCAUCGACAGGCCUAACAUGAACUUUCUCAUAUUUCGAAUGAAAUCCAGGUGGAACAAAUUUUUUUCUUAAAGUUUCGAAUAAUGUUAGCUACGAACAUGUACCCACAAGUAAAAAGAACAAGAAAAGAUGCGAGAUGAGCUUAAUAAAAUUGAGGGAAAAUUGGAAAAAAAAAAGGCCGGGGAGAGAGCAAAGAUGCAGAGGGCGCAGAGAAACAAAAGACCGCGCCUGUUGCUGAAAAACGGGUCCCGUCGCGAUCCUUCCCUCGUCUCUCCUUUAGAGACGGGCGGCGAAGGAAAAUAUUCGGGUUUUAUCAAGUUUUAAGUUUUUAAAGGUGUUUAUAAUAUGUAAAUGUUCUUUUAUUGUUUUGGAAUACAUGUGAAGAUGUCCUUGAGAUGUGGAAAUAGUUGAAUAUGUAUGUUUUUGUGCAGAAAGUCGAGUUUAAUGGUGUAAAAAGAUAUUUCAUUUUUAAGUAAAGCUCAAAUUUUUUUUAUAUUUUCAUAUUUUGGGAAUAUCCAAAACAAAACUUAACUUACUGUUUCAAUUCAAGCAUACUUAUGUUUUUUUGUUUAUGAAUCUACAGGAACUAUACCUUCUUUUCUUUUUCGUUUUCUACAUUUUUUUUUAGAUUUUUUUCAAUGGAAUGAAACUGCAGGGUACCAGAAUGUCGCUCAGUCGCCUUGCCCCGGUCGGCCAGAAUGCGCGAAUCGUGAUCAUUCCGGCGCGUUUCGCCCAUCACGCCGUCACUCGUGAGUAAAGUUUUAUUAUCAUAAAAUUAAUUUCUUUUUAAUUCAGUGAUAAAAUAUUGAGAUCAUGUUCUCAUACUUGAGUGCAAUAAAUGAACCAUUCUUGAGUUUGAUUGUAAUUAAGGUUUUAAUUCGUUUUGAGAGUUUUUUUUAUCUUUAUCAGUUUUAUCCAUUUUACCUCGCAUUUGGAAUGUUUUGUAAGGGGUUAAAGUAUUCUCUGAGCAAACCGAAUUACAAAAUCUGAACAAAAUGAAUGCCAUAUGAACAUCAUUUUGAUCUUGGCAAUUUUCAAUAAAAGAAAAAAAGCGAGCAAUAUCCUCCAUUUUUCAGCCGUCACCGCCGCUCCAGCCGACGACACGCCAAACUUCUUCCAGAAGAUUGCGCUGCGAUUCAAGGGUACAUUUUUUUUUACUAUUUUAAAGUUAAAGUACGUUCAGAUCUAACCUCGUUGGAGAAGUUAAGCAAAAAAGAUUUAAGGUCACAAUUUUGCAGGUGUGCCGUUGAAGGGCGAGACGCACGCGCCGAAGUCGAUGUUCGACGACGUCGGCAAGGAAUGGUCGGCUCCGGAACCACUUCCGGCCAUCCCCAAGGACUUCAAGGAGCACCCGGACCGUGAUUUGGUCAGAUUUAUUGCUUUCUUUUUAUGACUUGUUUGAAACAUUUUUCUUAACAAAAAGCUUAGGAUUUCAAUCAAGUUAUCAAGUUUUUAGCUGAAACUGAUAAAAUAGGUUUUUUUCCACACUUUGGAGAGAAAUCUGUUUUUUUCAAAAACUACUCCUAUCAACUAUAAAAAAAGCAAGAAUGGUAAGAAACCAAAAAAAAAUUUUUUUGUAGAGCUUUUUCGUUCCGCACAAAAAAACAAUAAUUUUGAAAACCUUUGUUCCGAAAAACCACUACGAAAAUAAAAAGUAUUUGGAUUAAACUUUUUUUCGGACUUUUUAAAUUAAAAAAAUUGUCGGAAAUUUUUUUCCAAGUUUAUCAUUUUGAACGUCUUUUUCAGGUCAACUACCCGUACCCGGCCAGACCGAUGUACCCACCAAAGACGCGCGUUCUUAUGAUCCCUGACUCGUGGUUCACUGCCUUCCACAAGGUCACCGGAGUUUCUGGUACGUUUACUGAGGCGAUUGUUCGAUGUUGCUCUGAAAGUUAUGCUUCGUUUAGUCGGUUACAUCUAUGACUGAAUAUGAUUAAAUAUUGAUUUAUUGAUUGAUCAAUAAAACUAUCGCAUCAAAAAAAUUUUUGAGAAGCGGAACUAAAAAAAGAGACGCUUAUCUGAUUUUUAUAUUGGGGCAAAACUCAAAAAAAAAUUUUUUUAUGAAUGUCAGCUGUCCAUUCAAAGGCAUUUCUGUUUGAAAAAAACGUUAUAUCUAACUUAUUUCCAAGAUAAACUCACCUCUCAGUGAGUUAUAAGUUUCAAACCAGUCAGACGUCUCUCAAACAGCGAUAUUUUUGGAUAUACGGCUUUGAAAAUUUCCCAAGGAAAAUUGGUUGCAAUCUUUAAUUGCUGUUUCAAAGAAACGUCUAAAAAUGAUCACGUUAUUUUUCUAGAAGUAUGGUAUCAAAAAAUAGCACUAUCAAUGGAUGGAAUAAUGUUCCUAAAACAAUCUAAACUUUGAAAAUACGAACAUUUCAGGACCGUACCUCUUCUACGGAGGUCUCUUCGCCUUCCUCGUCAACAAGGAAUUGUGGGUGUAUGAGGAGCAGGGACACAUGACCGUCGGCUGGAUUUUGUUCUACCUUCUCAUCUCUCGAUCAGUUGGAUGUGAGUAGAAUUUUUUAAUUUUAAGAAAAAAUUACAUUUUAGUAGAGAAAGAAAUAUUGAAGUAUUCAUGAAAAAAACUGGGAAAAAAAUGAGCAUUUUUUUCAAUUUCAAUGUGACCUCAAAAAGGUGGAAUCUAGAAAUGUUUCAAAAACUUUGUCGUGAUACCUGAAAAACUCUAAAUAAAAAAACGCGUUUAAGAUAAUUUGAAAAAAACAAGUUUGGAUAUUUUUCGGAUUACAAUUUUUCAACGUCUAUCAAAUAUUAAAGAAUUAGAAAAUAUUUCUUAAAACUGGAACUUUUUUUCAAAGUUCCUUAGCAAUUUGUUGGGAUAUUUUUCAGAACGUCUCAUUGAAAAAAAUGUGAAAAUAAUAAAUUUUUUUACUUUGAAACAGUAAAGUGAUCAGAAAAUUUUUUAAAAAAAAAUGUAUGGAUCGCAAUUUUUUUCGAUUAAUUUUUUUGAUUCUCUUCUUUUCAAACCGAUAUUAAAUCACUACCUCAUACUUUUUUUCAGUCAAAAUCGACAACUGGCUUUACGGUGAAUACCAGAACCGCAUGAACUACUUCAAGGGGCUGAUUGCUGAAGAUUUGAAAGACGCCGUCGAGUUCCGCAAGGUUAAUUUUUCCUUUUUUUUUUGAUUUUGAUCCAAGAGAAGCGACGGAAAUCUUAUUCUGAAUCAGUAAUGUGAGGUAGUAGGAAUUCUUGAUUUUUUCCAUUUUAAAUUUGAAAGAAAGCCUCCAUUUCUUGAGAAUCUAGCCACUGAAGGGAUACUUUUUUAUUUUAUUUUCAUUUUCGAGGACAGGAAAAUCAAAAUAUGAAAAUAACAUAAAUUUCUUCGUUUUUUGAUUUUUCAACAUGAAAUCGUUUUCCAGACCUCAGCCGCUCAAACCGAAUCUUUGAACGCUAUCAAAGAAGCUCUUCCGAACGCCCUGAAGGAAAGCAUGCAGCUUCAAUUGGAGGCCACCUACAGGUUCCUAUUUAGUUAUUAAAAAAAACAAUACGGAAUGCUUUUUUUAGAAAGAACGUUGAGACGAUCUCGACCGAGCUCAAGCGCCGAUUGGACUAUUUGAAGCAGACCGAGGAGACCAAGGCCCGUUUUUGA